AUGGAGGAGGAAUAUGGAAUUCCCAGUUCGAGCUCAACUUCUGCAAGUUCUAACAAAAUAAACUUGAAGAUUGAAGAUGAUAAGGCUGUUAUUGAUCGUGUUAAAGAGUUUAUGAAAGAUUUUAAAGAACCAUCAAAUUUAUAUGGUUUUAAACAUUUAAUUGAAGACCUUGAAAUUAAACCAUCUGCAAAAUUAUUAGAAUUAUUUGUUGACGCACUUUUAUUACUCAGUGAUUCUUCUUCAUUUAAAUGUUAUACAAUUGACACUAUCCCACGUUUAGAAUUACAUCUUCGUACCUGGGUUGAAGUUUUAGAAUUAGUGUUUUAUUCUCCUACCGUAUUAACUCGCGAAACUCGUGAUAAACUCUAUAGUAAUUUGGAUAGUUUUGUUGACAUUCAUUAUCGGACAACUGAAGUAUUUAAUCAGGGUAUUAAUCAUAGCUUUAAGCCUAAAUUUAA